AUGCAACCAACAGAAGUCAUCGGCCAAGAGUGUGGCUCCUUCAGCAUCAAAUCGUUGGCUGAUGCGGAGGCAUUGCGGAGCUGUCCCGAGAUCUAUGGAGAUGUCAUCAUCUAUCCCAAAUUGCCCAGCCCGGCAUUUGAUCUGGAGGGAGUGAAGAUUAUCCAUGGUAACCUUCUCCUGAAUACGGAUUGCCCGGAUUUAGAAGACUGGAGGACAUGCAACGGAUACGAUCCGAUCACUAGCAUCUCUUCCGGCACCUUGAAAGAAGUUCGAGGCAGGGUCUACUUCUCAUACCAUGAAUGGCUCACCAAUAUCAGCUUCCCGGAAUCGACAUCGGUCAAUGACAUGUUCGCCAUCGAGAAGUUGGACGGCUUGAAAUGUCUCGACAUUGAUCGUUUGAAAUCAGUUGCCUACAUGCGACUCUACGCAUCGAAGUUGGCAACUUUGAAAUUGGGCGCCUUUGGGAAUGUCACCGGCUUGAAUAGCUAUGGUGGAACGGUCGUAAAAGAGAUUUCGAUUGGAACAAACAGUCUCGAAUCUUUGGACGGAUUCUUCCAGGAACCGGAACUCAGCCUUGACCAAGUAACUAUCAACAACGCCAACCAAGUGAAGCGUCUUCAAAUCGGCGUCGCAAAAAUCGACUCGUUGAAUCUCGAUUGGCUUUCUCCUGGACCGACAAGCAAUUUUACGCUCGUCCUGGGCGGAUCUGGGAUCACUGAAAUGACCAUUGGCCACAUUGAAACUUUGCAAAGCCUCAAUGGCAUUGAGCGGCUACCGAGUCUUGAAAAGUUGAGUGUGGGAAGCUAUACCAGCUCCGGCGGCAACUACUAUUAG